GCAAAUUGUUAUCAGCAUCCACCAUGUCGUCCUCGCAAGAAGUCCAUAAAAACGUUAUCUUACUUCCUCAAACCAACCAGCUCAUUGGGUUGUACUCCAUUAUCCGUGACCAGGAGACAAAGAGAGGUGAUUUCGUGUUCUACUCUGACAGAAUCAUCAGAUUGUUGGUGGAAGAAGGUUUGAAUCAACUCCCAGUGGAGACAGCCACCAUCAACUGCCAUGGUGGUCAGGUGUACCAAGGAGCCAAGUUCUUGGGAAAGAUCUGUGGUGUUUCCAUCGUCAGAGCUGGUGAGUCUAUGGAGAUGGGGUUGAGAGACUGUUGCAGAUCAGUUAGAAUCGGAAAGAUCUUGAUCCAAAGAGACGAAGAAACUGCGUUGCCAAAGUUGUUCUACGAGAAGUUGCCCGAGGACAUCAGCGACAGAUACGUUUUCUUGUUGGACCCAAUGUUGGCCACCGGUGGUAGUGCCAUGAUGGCUGUGGAAGUGUUGUUGUCCAGAGGUGUUCAAAUGAACAGAAUCUUCUUCUUGAAUUUGUUGGCAGCUCCAGAAGGUAUCAAGGCCUUCCAAGAGAAGUACCCAGAGGUCAAGAUCAUCACUGGUGGUAUCGACGAGAAAUUGGACGAAGACAAGUAUAUCGUUCCUGGUCUUGGUGACUUCGGUGACAGAUACUACUGCAUUUAGGUCCGAGAUGAACAUCAUCCAACUUUUUACGAAUAAUUGAUACAAUUUCGCAGCUGAUACACUCAUUUAUGUAUUUAAUGUCCAACGAGAAUAGUUGGUGGACCUUAUUUAUGUAUGUACAGUCUAACGGGAAUUACCGUUGUCAAUAAACGACUACGCUCUUGUUAAAAUGUUACGUGAAGCCGAGACUUCAUUUCUUUCAUACAUGUAUAGAAUCACAUGUACUUUCUGUGAACUAUCUCUGGGUCCUCCAUAUACUCCGCUGACGUUAUCCACAUCUUCUUGAAUGUGCUCAACCCGGCCAAAAUACUCCCACCAAUCCAAGUGGAGUACUUUCUCUCUGGAGGGGCAAAUAUCUUCACUUUCAUUUUGGUACUAUAGUUAUCAUUUUUGUUUGACCAAACACUGGGACUGUCAUUAAUCAAUUGUUGGCUCUUCAAUUCGUUGAGCAUUCUGUCUCCGAAAUUCUUCAAUAGAGUAUUGCCUCCCG